AUGGCACCCAGUCUACUAGAAAGUGAGACCCUGAAUGGCAAUGGUACGCCGCUCAAGGAAUUCAAAGCGAUAGUCAACGAGCUGCGCGAGUUACAGGCACAUGUUCAGCGCGUCCAAUCCUCUAUAGAGUCACCCGAGAUUCAGGCUUGGCUGAAUGAGCAGCUUCAUCAUCCGGACCAGCUACCCGACAAGGAGCUGGAGCAGCUCGCAUUGGACGUGGUGGACAGCAUGGACAAGCUUCAGCAGCAGCUCGUUCCCUCGGUCUCCUUGUUGACGGAUGGCUUCUUCGGUAGGCACUGCAGAGUCGUGUACAUUGCCUACGUACUGACAAAAGCCAAACCAGGAUAUCUCAACAGCAAGGCGCUCUGGACCGUCGUGGAAGCCCAAGUGGCAGACCGACUGGCCGAAAAUGGUCCCCAGCCUGUAUCGACGCUCGGUCUGCGAUGCGGCAUUCAACCAGAGCGGCUGGCCCAGCUGCUGGACACGCUCGCCAACAAUGGCAUCUUCGCCUACAAUGCCGCCGACGAUACCUACAGCAACAACCGUGCCUCGUUGCUUCUCUGCCACGACCACUGGACCCAGUGGCAUCUCUGGGCCGAUCUGUAUCCCAACGAGUUCUUCGACGUGAGCCGGGCCAUGCCGCAGGCCGUCAAGCUGGGCGAGAGCCGCACCGCCGCCCAGAUCGCAUACGGCACCGAGCUGGACCUGUUUGAGUACCUGGCCAAGGAGCAGAAGCUGGCCAAGUUCCAAAAGACGCUCGGGGCGGGAGCCGUCGCGCAAGCCCGCGGCCUGACCGUCGACUAUCCCUGGCAGGAGAUCGGAUCCGAGCCCAUCCUGGACAUUGGGGGCGGGUCGGGCGCGUUUCUGGCGUCACUGCUCAGGCCGCACGGUCGGUUCAGCGAUAUCGGGUCUCGCGUCCAGCAGCUCUUGGUCGGCGAUUUCACCAAGCAAAUCCCUCCCUCCUCGGUCUAUACCAUGAAAUGGUGUCUGCACGACUGGGUCGACGACGAUGUGCUGACCAUCCUGAAGAACGUGCGCCGGAGUAUCGUGCCGUCGCCCGUCAGUCGCUUCCUCGUCGUCGAGUCGAUCAAGUCACCCGGUCGAUCAGGCCGGCUGCCUCGGUACGGCGAUCUGAUCAUGAUGAUCACCUGCAACGGCAAAGAACGGUCACUCGAGGACUGGGAACGGCUGGGACAGUUGGCCGGUUGGCGGAUUCAACAGGUGCAUCGGGUUCGUCGCGCCUGGCCUUGUAUCAUCGACUUUCGGCCUACGUGGGAUUGA